AUGGCUUUUGUUGUAGAAGAGAAUGAAAUCUACGGUUGUGGUGCAAGUGAUCGGGGACAACUGGGAUUUAUUGACUCGUCCAUGAAGUGUUUGCGUCCCCGGAAACUCUCGAUGGUUUGCCUCAAAGGCGAUGAGUUGAAACAGGUUUACGCUAAAGGAAAUCAUUCUGCAGUUCUAACCAGCUUUCGCUUUUUAUACGUGAUGCUAUUCGAUCCGUUACUUGUCCGCGUGUUGCUCCCACAAAUGCUUCUCAGUCAGACUGUGAUUAUGGAUCGUUUACAUACCGUGUGUUCUCGUCCCUGUUUACCACAGACAUUUAUCAUGAAACCUAAUGUCCGCAUUCUGUACCGCUGUAUUCCAAGCAUUGGUAAUCUGAUGCAGGUUGCAAUCUAUCACUGGGAGUCCGGUCGCAUAUACACCUGGGGAGAUAACACCUAUCAUCAGCUGGGACGUGACUUUGAUCGAGCUGUGUGCCCUCAACCCAGUCCUCUGUCUCUACCGGGGUCACCGAUUGCUGUCGGAUUGGGACACACCCAUGGGCUGGUGGCAGUUCGUCUGCCAGACGCGGAACGGGAACAGUUUCCCCUACCUAUUCCCACUGUGAAUCCGGCUUUAGGGGAGAAAGUUCAUGAUAUCAGUUGCGGUUUCGCUCAUACAAUACUCAAUGUACGCAUGACUGAAAGUGCAAUGAAUGCUGUCCAAUCGGAUGAACAGAUGCAUUUUAUGAACUUAAGACAGACCGAGGCUGAAGAACGGAUAGUGCCCCAACAACGAACGGUAAAUCGUGGUCCCAUGAUCGCGAAAGACCCAGGCAAUUCUACCUUAUAUGAUGUGGUACUUGUUUGGGGCGUCGGCGAAAACGGACAAUUGGGGAAUCACUUCAUGCGACCCAAUGCCAAGCACAAACAGUGGGAACUUCGGAGUGCGAAUAAAAUGUAUUUAUUUGAUGAAUUGGUCUACAGAUCAAGUCUGCGUGAUCAGACUGGACGAGACAGAGUCGACAUGCGGCCUAUACAGACAGACUCAACCUUUGUCGUACUUAGAACGAUGCUGCAUCCGACAGAGGGUGUGUUAGCAUCGAUCCUAUCCAGCUGGUUGACGGGACAAACACCGGACCCGAGCAGUUGGCGAUUGCGUGUGUACGAAAUCCACAGUGGAGGUGUGUUCACACUUUUGCACGCGGAGGUGGUUCCAUUUCCACCCACGACAGAUUCAGCCGUUCCGAUGCAGUCACAUAUGGUUGAAGUGGAGGAGGAGGAUGAGGGAGACGGCGACACUCGACCAGUUCCGGGGACCGGAAUGUUUGACGAUCGUUUCCAGUCAGAUGUGCAAUCGUUAUCCACACAAAGUGAUGCUUCACCNAUGCUCACAUUCGAUUCACUCUUGGAUGAAGAGGACCGGCGCCGAGCGGCUUCAAAGAAUGAUGUGCCUCAGAGAUCGAAUUCCAAUACUGUGAAUUCUAGUGAUCAAAGUGAGUCUCCGAUUUAUCCGUAA